AUGCUCAAGAUUGUCGCUGUUCUUUGCUGCUUGGCGGUUUUUGUGGCUGCCGAGAAGGGUGAGCAUCAUCAUCGUCACGAAUGGCUCGACAAAUUCGUCGCCAACCUCCCCGAAGACCAACGCAAACAGGUUGAGGCCAUCCGCAGCAGCACGACUGACCGCAAGGAACGCCGCGAGAAGCUCCACAAAUUCUUCGAAUCCCUGCCCGCUGACCAGCGCCCCCAUUUCCCGGUUCCCAAGUUUAUUGAGAAGCUCCCGGCUGAUGUUCAGGAAAAAGUGAAGGCUGUGCGUGAGGAUAAGGCCCUCCCUCCUCGCGAUCGUUUCAAGAAGAUCCGGGAAAUCCUUGAUGCUCUCCCCGAAGAACAGAAGAAGCUCAUCCCUAAGCGUGGACCAUUCAAACACGGACACGUCGACAGCAGCGAGGAGAAC